AACACGACAUACAAAAGCAUAGUUUUAACUUUUACAAUGUAUUUCUAAAUAAGAGUGCGUGGUUGGGGACAUAAUUGAAACUCCAAGCCUAGGGGUUAGAAAAGAUCUGCGAGAUUAUAAAAAAUGACAUUGUACGUAAUUUCCCGCGUCACACAAACCCCUUCCAAUGAAAAAUAAAAUAAGUAUGGAAGGAGCAGGGGAUUGACCGGGCGGGUAAUGUUGGGAGAGAGGAACUGCUGAACGGUUUGAAAGGAAAAGUCGAUUGGAGCUGGAGCAGUGAGUGACGUUAUCUGGUGGAAAGAGGGAGGGAGAAAGAGAGACGGCUGGACUCCAUUAGCUGAAGCCAGGAGGCACUUUGGGAUACUUCAAUUGGACGAGUUCUUUGGGAUAUUCUCUUUGAAAAGACCCAGAUAGUCUACAUUAUUUAGAAAAUCUGGUUGACUAUCGAAACCUCGGAAGUUUAAGUGGCUUUUUGGAUUUGGUUGGUGUAUUUGAGAAGUUUUUCCUAAUUGUUGUGAUUGGUGUGAGGAUGGCGCUGGACGGUAUACGGAUGCCCGAUGGCUGCUAUGCGGACGGAACGUGGGAACUGAAGAUGCACGUGACAGACCUCCAUAGGGACGUGUCUUUGAGGGUCACCGGCGAGAUCCACAUCGGUGGGGUCAUGCUCAAACUCGUGGAGAAACUCGAUGUGAAGAAGGACUGGUCGGACCAUGCCCUGUGGUGGGAGAAAAAGAAGACGUGGCUGCUGAAGACCCACUGGACCCUGGACAAGUAUGGUAUUCAGGCAGACGCCCGGCUCCUCUUCACCCCCCAGCACAAGCUGCUGCGCCUGCAGCUGCCCAACAUGAAACACAUGAAGGUCAAGGUCAACUUCUCCGACCGCGUCUUCAAGGCGGUCUCUGACAUCUGCAAGACUUUCAACAUCCGUCAUCCAGAGGAGGCAUCUCUGCUGCGUAAGCCCCGCGACCCCAAGAAGAAGAAGAAAAAGCUGGAGGAGGCUGAGGAGGCGGCUCUGGAGCUGGAGGGGCCACUGCUCACCCCUGGAUCAGCCUCUGAGAUAAUUUACAUUGGGCCGGUCAAAGGGAGCAUCUACUCCAGUCCAGGCCUGUACAGUAAGACCAUGACCCCCACCUAUGACUCCAGAGACGGCAGCCCCCUGUCUCCCACCACCGCCUGGUUCGGAGACAGCCCCCUUUCUGAGGGCAAUCCCAGCAUCCUUGCUGUCAGCCAGCCAAUAUCCUCGCCCGAUAUCCUGGCUAAACUCUACAAGUCCCAGUCCCUCCUGGACAAGGCCAAGAUCAACCAGGGGUGGCUGGACUCGUCCAGGUCUCUGAUGGAGCAGGAUGUCAAGGAGAACGAGGUGCUCCUCCUGCGGUUUAAAUACCACAGCUUCUUCGACCUCAACCCCAAGUACGAUGCCAUCAGGGUGAACCAGCUCUAUGAGCAGGCCAAGUGGGCCAUCCUGCUCGAGGAAAUAGAGUGCACUGAGGAGGAGAUGAUGAUGUUCGCCGCCCUGCAGUACCACAUCAACAAGCUGUCCAUCAUGUCGUCAGGAAACCACAUGAACAACAGUGAGAAGGAGGUGGACGAGGUUGACGCUGCCCUGUCAGACCUGGAGAUCACCCUGGAGGGAGGCAAGACCUCCAACACCCUGGGUGAUAUCACGUCCAUUCCUGAACUGGCCCAAAAAAACUGACAUUGAAAGGCUACAAGCAGUACUGGUGCACGUUCAAGGACAUCACAAUUUCCUGCUACAAGAGCAAAGAGGAGGCUCAUGGGACACCCUCCCUCCAAAUGAAUCUAAGAGGUUGCGAGGUAACACCAGAUGUGAACAUUUCCAGUCAGAAAUUCAACAUCAAGUUGCUAAUCCCAGUGGCUGACGGCAUGAACGAGAUCUGGCUGCGGUGUGAUGCUGAGAAGCCAUAUGCCCACUGGAUGGCAGCGUGCCGCCUGGCCUCUAAGGGGAAGACCAUGGCAGACAGCUCCUAUAACCUGGAGGUCCAGAACAUUCUGUCCUUCCUCAAGAUGCAGCACAUGAACCCUGACCCGCAGUUCAUCGCCGAGCCAGCUGUCACCAACGACAUCAACUCUGAGUGCCUGGUGUCGCCGCGCUACCUGAAGAAGUACAAGAACAAGCAGCCAGGCUAUAUCAGGGACCUGAUUUCGGCCCGGAUCCUAGAGGCCCACCAGAACGUGGCCCAGAUGAGUCUGAUCGAGGCCAAGAUGCGCUUCAUCCAGGCGUGGCAGUCCCUGCCUGAGUUUGGCAUCACUCACUUCCUGGCCAAAUUCCAGGGUGGGAAGAGGGACGAGCUGAUUGGCAUCACCUACAACCGUCUCAUCCGGAUGGACGCCAGCACCGGAGACGCCAUCAAGACCUGGAGGUUUGCCAACAUGAAGCAGUGGAAUGUCAACUGGGAGAUCAAGAUGGUGACGGUGGAGUUUGCAGACGAGCCUAGCCUGGCUUUCAUAUGUGCGGAGGUGGACUGUAAGGUGGUACAUGAGUUCAUUGGAGGCUACAUCUUCCUGUCCACACGCGCCAAAGACCAGAACGAGUCUCUGGACGAGGAGAUGUUCUACAAGCUGACCAGCGGCUGGGUCUGACUACCUGACCCCCUGGGUCAGAGUUUAGGGUCAAGAGGGGAGGGAGGGUGGUGGCUAAAUCAUAUGGGUUUAUUUUAUUUGUUUUGGUGGUUUUAAAUGGAACCAUGCUUUAGAGCCCCAUGCGGCCACCCAUUAUUGCCAUUGUUGUUAAGAAGCUGAUGCCCUUUAUUUUUGUUGCAUUAAGACUAAUAUUCUGCGCAACGCUGCAGCCCAGACUAACUCCAAACCCUGCCUGUGGCUCCCCCAUCGCCCACAUUAUUUGACAGGAAGUUGGGAGUCGUCGCCCCCCCCUCCUCCCAUGACCCCUCUCCACUCACCCAUCCCUCUCCAAUGCACUGGGGACAGCCGCCUCUUCCUCAAGCAGCUAUCACAAAGCUACGUCCAUGAGAACCUAUCACAUGUCAUCAGGAGACCUCUCCAUUCCAAAGACUCUUUCUUAAUCCCCCCUUCUACUCUGACUCCCCUGAAGGAACUGAUCAAAUUGACCCUUCAACCUCUCAGCUAGGCCGUCAUCGUAAUCCGACCAGCCCACAAAACCAUGUAUCAGUUCUUAUGAAGAAUCACAUUAUUUAUUUAUUUGUCCCUGUUUUGUUUUCUGGUUUUAUUGUUGUCAUUUUGGUGAGGUGUGGUGCUGUUCGGAGUCUUUGAAUUGGUGUGUUGUGGUUUGUGUACUGCCUGACAUCCUGUGUUAUGAUACUCUGUCUAAUUUAUGCUGCAGAGUGCCACCUCACUCUCACGUAUUGUACAUCCACAUAUUCACUCCAUUUGGUGUGACUAUAGGCAGUAGUAAUCCUCAAAGUAAGAGUAUCGGCAAAACAGUGACACGCUUUUACUUUCUCAGCAGAGACAGGAAGUGAUAUGAGUCAAUUUCCUUCCGUCGUUAAGGAAAGGCUAAGGAACCCCGAGCUCAUGGAGAGAAUUGGGCACCGUGUCCUCUCCACUUGAUGAAAGAGUCUCACUUUGAUCUAACUAGUCCAUAUGAAGUCACUUCCGCAGUAAGCACUUCUCCAGUAUAUGUAUGAUCCCUGGUCACACUUUAUUUGGAUAAUCUGGAUUUUCCAUCUGUAGAUGCUCUACAGAUGGCCAUACUAUCAACAAACUAUCUGUUGAUAAGCAACUGCUUUUUGAGGUGACAGUUAGGGUAAUGGUUAAGUUUAGAAUAAGGGUUAGGAUAAGGAUUAAGGUUAGGGGAGAGUCUGUAGAGCAUCCCUUAAUGAAUAAGCUGUAGUUCAAUUCAUUGUUUUUUUGUCUGAGCAUACCUCCAGUGAGUGUCCCCUAUCCUCUGUGUGAAACACUACAUACAACAGCUAACAAGUGUGCUUGGAGAGUUUAAACAGCCUUGGUACACACCUACAGUAGCGCUUCUCUGUCUGCACUAGUUAACAUGUCAGCACAACAGGAGCUCAAGCAGGGUGAAUGUCCUGUAGUUUCUUAUCUGUAAACCGCUGAAUAACCAUGCCUAGUUCUCAUAGCUACUCUCAAGGUUGAAGGGGUCACUCAAGGAUACUCUGUUUGAGAUGGAAUUUUAAUGGGCAAGUUCUGAGGCAAUUACUGAAAAUGCAAAUAAGAAUGUUGUCAUGGAACAUGUGCCCAAAUGAUUUGGCUCGGAUACAUACUGCCAUGUAUCUGAGGGUUGUCCAGCGUCCACAACAUGAAGGAAAGACCUCAGCUCUGCCUUGAGACUCAGACCCUUGCAAAUGCAUUGUGCUUGUGUAGUACAGCUGGAGGGAUACUAACAAUAAUAACAGCGUUCCCAAGUGCAGCCUCCUCUUUUAAAUGCCAUUCUUUAUCUUACACCGUAUAGUGUUAUUAUUCAGCACCGUUAUUAUUAUGCACCAGCAAUAGGUCACCAAG